UUACCUUACAAUAUCAUAACAUAGUCGGGCAUUGACGAAUGACGACCCAUAUACAAUGAAUUUAUUUACUUGUGCACUCGUUUUUAUUGCGUAUAGCCAUAGAGUCCAAAGUGCAACGAUUUGUGACAGUGAUUUUUGUGUGUGCCGUGUAAAUCAUAGUGAAAAUGAGGAUUUUGGUGAAACAAUAGAUUGCUCGUACAAUCCUAGAAUUUUAAAAGACAACUACGACCUCCCGGAUACGGUGUAUUCUUUAGAUUUAUCCUGGAAUAAUUUAACUGCUAUAUACUCAACGAAAAUCUUCAAAUCAAAUACAUUAAUUGAAUUAUUAUUAGACAACAAUAGAAUUACGGAAAUUGAAACCACUGCCCUACAAUUACCUAAGUUGAAGAAACUCGAUUUAAGCAACAACAAUUUAAAUAUUAUUGAUAAGGAAACUUUUAAAAACAUAAACCAAUUAGAGUAUUUAAACCUUGCCAAUAAUAAAUUUCACACAGUGUCCUCAUUAUCAUUUCAUCACCUCGGAGGUCUAUCGGAAAUUAUUCUCGACAACAAUGAUUUAGGAAUAAGCCUGAAAGAUAAAAACUUAUUUGAUAGAAGUGGAUACGGGCUGACUCAUAAAAUUCGAUCAUUAUCAAUAAGUGGAAUCAACCUAAAUACAGUGUACGAUAAUUUCUUCGUCGACGCAUACGAUAUAAGGAAAUUAAUCAUUUCUAAUAAUAACAUAAGCGCAGUAUUUGAACUGCCCAUGACACUAGAAUACCUGGAUUUGUCGGAUAAUCCAAUAAGAGAGAUUUCGGGGGAAGAUUUUUCUGAUGUCCCGGCUUUGAAAGUUUUGCUACUGAAUAAUUUGUCAAUCAAUGAAGUACCAGAAUUUGUUUUUACGUCAUUACGAGGUCUUGUAAACCUGCAACUCGAGAGAAAUACAAAUUUAACUGAUUUUAACGAACUUGCCUUCGGUCAAGAUGUCUUAGAAGAUGCAGAUGAUUUUACGUUAGAAAACUUAUCCCUAAAGGGCUCUAGACUGACGACUCUUUCUAAUAAACUAAGUACUCCCUUUGGACAGCUCGUACAUUUGGAUUUACAGGGCAACUUGUGGAAUUGUGACUGUAGUUUUAAAUGGAUAAAGAAGCUGCAGAUUAAUGAUAAAUAUUCAGAGCAUUUACGAUGCUACACACCACGGCCAUUCUUUAAUAGUAAAGUAAUGGAUUUAGAACAAAAGUAUUUCGUGUGUACUGUGGAGAGGCAUUUGACCGGAAUAGCAAUCGGCACUAUUUCGGCCUGUGUGUUGCUGGCCUUUAUUGCUGCGUGGAUCUAUGUGAUGGUGCCCAAACACCAAUCAAGAAGUAAUUUCAUCAAAAAUAUGUACUCUUCUCCAGGGUACUCGUUAUUACCUGUCAAUGUGAACCUCAACGAUGGACCUUAGCGUAUAUUUGUUAUGAAUUUUUGCCACGCAACACUAUGUGGAACAAGUUACCACUAAGAAAGUUUAGAUGUCUUAGAAGUAUUUAAGAGUAGAGCGUAUACAUGGGGAGCCAGAACAAUAAUGGGAAUAUAUCAUUGACAUUACGUGAAAUUCUAGUCCAUGAUAUUUAUAUUGUUUUUCAAACGUUUUUAAAUUGUUAAUCGCAUUGUCUAGUUUCAGUAGGAUCAGCUUGUAAACUCCAUUGUUACUUGGGUAAUGACAUAAUAUAUAAAUUAUUUUUGAUAAGUACUGAGUUUUGGGUGAUAGGAAUUUCUUUUUUUAAGUAUUAUUAAUCCUAUUACCAUUAUUUUGUAUUUUGCUAUUCACUUCAUAGAAUGGCAAGUAUAAGUUACUAGUUGCGGUGUGAUAAAAUUAAUAUCUACCAGAUGAAGAAGUCAAGUUCUGUUGGACACAAGAUUAUAAUAACUACCUUACAUUUAUUGGUAUAAUCUGCAUAAAUUCAUAAGAAUGUAUUUAUAACUAGAUUAAUUAAAACUUUAUACCU